GCGACAGCCCGCAGGCGCACGGAGGCCGAGCGCCGCCCCGCCGCCGCCCGGGUGUACCGCGCCAGGAUGGCAGAAGAUGGUCCAUAUGGAGGGGCUGGACAAAUAUUUCAUUUGAAUGCUUUACCACAUUCAAUAUUUAAAACAGAAUUAUACCCCCCAGAGAUGCCCCUGCCCACAGCAGAUGGUCCAUACCUUAAAAUAUUAGAGCAACCAAAACAGAGAGGAUUUCGUUUCCGUUAUGUUUGUGAAGGCCCAUCCCAUGGUGGACUUCCUGGUGCCUCUAGUGAAAAGAACAAGAAGUCUUAUCCUCAGGUCAAAAUCUGCAACUAUGUGGGACCUGCCAAGGUUAUUGUUCAGUUGGUCACAAAUGGAAAAAAUAUCCACCUGCAUGCCCACAGCCUGGUGGGCAAACACUGCGAGGAUGGGAUCUGCACUGUAAAUGCUGGACCCAAGGACAUGGUGGUUGGCUUCGCAAACUUGGGGAUCCUUCAUGUAACAAAGAAAAAAGUAUUUGAAACACUGGAAGCACGAAUGACAGAGGCAUGUAUUAGGGGUUAUAACCCUGGACUUUUGGUGCAUUCUGACCUUGCCUAUCUGCAAGCAGAAGGUGGAGGAGACCGGCAACUCACAGACCGGGAAAAGGAGAUCGUCCGCCAGGCAGCUCUGCAGCAGACGAAGGAGAUGGACCUGAGCGUGGUGCGCCUUCUGUUCACAGCCUUCCUUCCCGACAGCACCGGCAGCUUCACAAGACCUCUGGAGCCUGUGGUGUCAGAUGCCAUCUAUGACAGCAAAGCUCCCAAUGCAUCUAACUUGAAAAUUGUAAGAAUGGACAGGACUGCAGGGUGUGUAACUGGAGGAGAAGAAAUUUAUCUUCUUUGUGACAAAGUUCAGAAAGAUGACAUCCAGAUUCGAUUUUAUGAAGAAGAGGAAAAUGGUGGGGUUUGGGAAGGAUUUGGAGAUUUUUCUCCCACAGAUGUUCAUAGACAAUUUGCCAUCGUCUUUAAAACUCCAAAAUAUAAGGAUGUCAACAUCACAAAACCAGCUUCUGUGUUUGUCCAACUUCGGAGGAAAUCUGACUUGGAAACUAGUGAACCAAAACCUUUCCUCUACUACCCAGAAAUCAAAGAUAAAGAGGAAGUGCAGAGGAAGCGACAGAAGCUCAUGCCUAACUUCUCGGACAGUUUUGGCGGUGGCAGUGGGGCCGGGGCUGGAGGAGGAGGCAUGUUUGGGAGUGGCGGUGGAGGAGGCAGUACUGGAAGUCCCGGACCAGGAUAUGGCUUCUCACACUAUGGAUUUCCAGCAUACGGUGGGAUUACCUUCCAUCCUGGAACCACUAACUCCACUGCUGGGAUGAAGCAUGGAUUCACAAACACUGAAUCUAAAAAUGACCCUAAAGUUCAUGACAACAGUGAUGACAGAGAGAGUGCCAGUCUUCCCAGGAAAGAAAGUAGAGCCACGGAGGGAGACGAGGGCGUCACUUCCAGUGCCAAGAAUGGGGAGGCCGCUGUGACGUGUGCAGGGGGUGUCCGUGAAGAAGGCGCCGGGUUUCAGGAUCACCUCUUUCUAGAGAAGGCGAUGCAGCUUGCCAAACGGCAUGCCAAUGCCCUUUUUGACUACGCAGUGACAGGAGAUGUGAAGAUGUUGCUGGCUGUGCAACGCCAUCUCACUGCAGUGCAGGACGAGAAUGGGGACAGUGUAUUACAUUUAGCAAUCAUCCACCUUCAUGCUCAGCUUGUGAGGGACCUUCUGGAAGUCACAUCUGGUUUGAUUUCCAAUGACAUCAUCAACAUGAGAAAUGAUCUAUAUCAGACACCUUUGCACUUGGCAGUGAUCACGAAGCAAGAAGAUGUGGUAGAGGCCUUGCUGAGGGUUGGAGCCGACCUGAGCCUUCUGGACCGUUGGGGUAACUCUGCUUUGCACCUAGCUGCUAAAGAAGGACAUGAUAAAAUCCUCAGUAUCUUACUCAAACACAGAAAAGCAGCACUCCUUAUUGACUGCCCCAAUGGAGAAGGUCUGAACGCCAUUCACAUAGCUGUGGUAAGCAGUAGCCUGCCAUGUCUGCUGUUGCUUGUAGCUGCUGGGGCAGAUGUCAACGCUCAAGAACAGACAUCUGGGCGCACAGCCCUUCACCUGGCCGUGGAACACGACAACAUCUCCUUGGCCGGCUGCCUGCUCCUGGAGGGUGAUGCCCACGUGGACAGUACCACCUAUGAUGGGACAACGCCUCUACAUAUAGCGGCUGGCAGAGGGUCCACCAGACUAGCAGCUCUUCUCAAAGCAGCAGGAGCAGAUCCCCUGGUGGAGAACUUUGAGCCUCUCUAUGACCUGGAAGAUGCUUGGGGAAAGGCAGGAGAGGAUGAAGGAGUUGUGCCAGGCACCACACCUCUGGAUAUGGCUGCCAACUGGCAGGUAUUUGACAUAUUAAAUGGAAAACCAUAUGAGCCAGAGUUCACCUCUGAUGACUUACUGGCACAAGGUGACAUGAAACAGCUGACCGAAGACACAAAGCUGCAGCUCUACAAGUUGCUAGAAAUCCCUGACCCAGACAAGAACUGGGCAACUCUAGCACAGAAGUUAGGUCUAGGGAUACUUAACAAUGCCUUCCGGCUGAGUCCUGCUCCUUCUAAAACGCUUAUGGACAACUAUGAGGUCUCUGGAGGCACCAUCAAAGAGCUGAUGGAGGCUCUGCAACAGAUGGGCUACACAGAAGCCAUCGAGGUGAUCCAGGCAGCCUUCUGUGCCUCAGAACCCACAGCUUCUAGUCCUGUGACCACUGCUCAGGCCCACCUGCUGCCACUCUCAUCUUCCUCCACAAGGCAGCACAUAGAUGAGCUUCGAGACGACAGCGUCUGUGACAGCGGUGUGGAAACGUCCUUCCGCAAACUCAGCUUCACCGAGUCUCUGACCAGCAGCGGCUCAUUGCUGACUCUGAACAAACUGCCCCAUGAUUAUGGGCAGGAAGGGCCUAUAGAAGGCAAGAUUUAGCCUGCUCUCAUUCCCCGUGCUGUGUAAACCAAAGCCGUGAAAUUCCGCUGCCUCGUCCCAAAGAGGAAGGUAAAGUGCGUCCAGAGGUGCUGGAGGAAAAACGGCCUGUGGGACCAUUCUGACUAUCAUGCAAGGCCUCCCAGACUUGGCUUCCUCUCUUAGUUCCUAAGUGAAUUUUAGUUGGUUCAAGUACAAAUACUGUCUACAAUCACAACACUCGGCUGACUGAAGUGUGGCUUGGGGUAUGGUGGCUUGUUGAGCUUUACCAGCCACUACUGGAUUACACUUGCUCUCUGUUGUUGCUGCUUGUCCCUCUGCUGAAUCCUGCUGUCACUAAAAGUUGUCACUGUUCCCACCUGAUGCUCUUUUUAGACAUCCACAGCACAAAUGUGCAUUCAGAUUAAGGAUUAAGGAAAGAGAUAUUUUUAAAUGAAAGUCACUUGUUGUGCAAUAAACAAAAAGAGGCAUU